AUGGCAAUAUCGGAGCAGAGGCAAACGGAGAUGCCAAUGCCGGAAGAUCGGAUAAGGGGUGUGGCACUUGACUACCCAGAGGCUGUUCGAUUGACUAACCCAGCCAAUUCACUCCUCAAAGGGGAGAUAAUCAAGUUGGAUUUCCGACAACCCAACAAGUGGACAGCUGGGGUGUCUCAUGCUUGUGGAUUGACACAGACUGGGAUUUUGAUUUGCAAAGGAAGCAAUUCAAGUGGACAGCUUGAUGUUCCUUCUCAUUUACCAUCGAAUUUGAAGGUUGACAUUGACUUUGAGAAGGAGCCGAUUGGAGUUGGGAAGGAUGGCAAGAAUGUCUAUUUCAAGGAUAUCUGGCCAUCUACUGAAGAAGUUGCAGAGGUUGUACAAUCCAGUGUAUUGCCAAACAUGCUCAAGAGUACUUACGAGUCUAUAACAAAGGGCAAUCCCAUGUGGAAUGACCUAUCAGUUCCAGCUUCUAAACUAUACUCAUGGGACCCCAAUUCUACCUACAUUCAUGAGCCACCAUAUUUCAAGAACAAGACCAUGGAUCCUCCUGGGCCCAGUGGAGUGAAGGAUGCUCACUGCUUGCUGAACUUUGGUGAUAGUAUUACAACGGAUCACAUUUCCCCAGCAGGAAGCAUUAACAAGGAUAGUCCUGCUGCAAAGUAUCUCCUUGAGCAUGGGGUGGAACGCAAGGACUUCAAUUCUUAUGGUAGCCGUCGUGGUAAUGAUGAAGUGAUGGCAAGAGGAACUUUUACAAAUAUCCGUAUUGUCAACACGCUAUUAAAUGGGGAAGUUGGCCCAAAGACACUUCAUGUUCCUACAGGGGAGAAACGUUAUGUGUUUGAUGCAGCAGCAAGGUACAAGGCUGCUGGACAGGAUACUAUUGUAUUGGCUGGAGCAGAGUAUGGAAGUGGAAGCUCUCGUGAUUGGGCUGCUAAAGGCCCAAUGUUGUUGGGAGUUAAAGCAAUGAUUGCAAAGAGUUUUGAGAGGAUACAUCGCAGUAAUUUGGUUGGGAUGGGUAUUGUUCCGCUUUGUUUCAAGCCUGGUGAAGAUGCAGACUCACUUGGCUUGACAGGUCAUGAGGGUUAUACCAUUGACCUUCCCAGUAAAAUUAACGAGAUAAGGCCUGGUCAAGAUGUUACUGUUAGGACUGACACUGGAAAAUCUUUCACCUGCACAGUUCGCUUUGACACCGAG